GAGAACUUGAUCCCUAGCAGAUCUCUACCAUGAAGAUCUUUGUUUUGCUUAUGAUCACUGCAGCUUUUGCUGCUCACAGCUGGGCAUCAGAUAGGUGCAGUGUGGUGAGAGCGAUUAGAAAUGGGGGAGUUAUUGGCAUCAAAGGAUAUACACUGGGGGACUAUGUGUGCUUAGCUUACCAAGCCAGCCGCUACGACACUUCCCUCAACAGAAGCCCAACAGAGUAUGGUAUCUUCCAGAUCAACAGCUACUGGUGGUGCGACGAUGGCAGAACCGUAGGGCGCAAAAACCUCUGUGGAAUGUCUUGUAGAAGUUUACUGAACAGUAACAUUGGCGAUGAUGUGAGGUGCCUUAGAAGGAUUGUGAGAGAUCCCAAUGGACUCGAUGCUUGGAGUGUUUGGACCAGAUACUGUAAAGGAAGAGACCUAAGCUCAUACGCCAGUUGGUGCUAAUAUUUCAUUGUGUUUGUGUAUGGGGGAUUCAUACAGUUACCAAAUAAGUCACAGUGAAAUUGUUUAGAAAUUGGUUACUAACUGACUAUGUAUCAAUAAAACAUGAUUUUCUCUGGA